GACCACCAGCGCUGCAAUGAGAGUUAUUAAAAGGUGGUUAGAAAGGGGAGCAGUCGGGCUGUUCUAAACUUAGAGUAACCUGAAGCGAGCCAUGAGGUAUCCCCUGGUUCCUCUGGUGAACGAGCUGACCUUUCCUCUACUUUUCUUCUGGUUCUGCUUGCCCUUUGUAAUGCUGCUGAUCAUCGCCAUUAUCUGGCUGCAGCUGCUGCUUAAUGAAGCACAGAUGCCCAGCACAGAAAAGAUUGAGAAAGAAUCUCCUGAUGAACCUGGAUCUGACUCUGAAGAUGAGCUAACAGAGGAAGAAAACCAGAGUGAUGCAUCCAGUACAGAGAUACAAGAGGAGUCAUGGUCCAGUGGAGCUGUGGGAACACUGAGGCCCAAGCCUGCUUAUGUGAGCUCAAAUCCUAAAAGCCAAAAGCAAAGUCUUCUUGCUGUGAUCUCAAACAGCUUGUCCCAGAGGCUGAAGAUAAGAUAUUCCCGUGCUGAAAAGAGCAUUUUCUGUAACAUCCUCAUGAAGGGGCUCACAAGGGAGAGCUGCUCUGUGCCUCCACUGUCACUAUUCCCAGUUCUGUCUGCUCAGUUACAUUGCUGGGAGUUUUGAAUUGCAGCAACUGAGCUGCUGUGCUCCUUGCUUUCUUCUCUCACCCAGAAUUUUGUCUGCCUGUUGCUCCAGACCUUUAACAGCCUGUGGACUCUGCUGCUGCCAUCCUAUCUGGUUACCUACAUGGCUCAGCUGUUUGCUUUGCUGAGUGAAAGAGCUGGGAAAAUCCUGGGCUCCCUGAGUCUGGAGAGCAGAGGCCUGCUGCUUUCAGUCCUGGGGAGGAAACUGCAGCUGAGCCAGGCUCAGAGAACCACCUCAGGGUGCAAACAAAGCAGGGAGUCCCAUGGCAAUGCAGGUCAGCAUUGGUGACAGCUACUGCACAUGGCAGAGGGAGGGGAAUUCUCUGAGAAAGAAACCCACUCCAGACUAAGCACCUUCUUAGCUCGCCUCAGCUGCUUUCAGAGUGUUGACUGCCUAAAUGUGAAAUGGAUGACAGCUGCCAAUUUCUUGAGGGAUAAACUCCUUUUUUGUAAGGACCAAGGACUCCACCAGUGACAGUUUCUGCUCAUCAACACUAAUCUUUGAUUUCAAAUAAACAAGAUCAAGGCAAUA